ACUGUUUGUAUCUCAGUCAUAUGCUUUUGCAACGAAGUUUCACUCUAUUAUUUGUUUAUUUUGCUUAUUUGGGUGUAAUGUCAAAUUAAUUCAGAACUCAUAGUUUUGGUUUUUGAGAAUUUUUAAUGCAAUAUUAAGAUUUCAGGAUCAAAUCAAGAUGUCUUCGGAAAAUUUUGAAAGCUUGGAAGAUGACUUUAUUUCUCUAAGAGGUAGGAUAGCUGGAAAAAUAGAUGAACAGCUAUCUAGAUCAUCCGGACAGACAAGAAAGAAUUUAGCUCGAGAUAUCCAAAGAGAAUUGGAUGAUGCACAACGACUCAUUGAAGAUUUAGAAAUGGAAAUGAAAUUGGCACCUUAUCCUUUUCGUAUGCAAAUGAAUAAUCGUUUGAAAGGCUAUCGUCAAGAUCUGAGUCUUUUGAAGAAGAAAAUGGCACAGAGUGAAAGCAAUCUUGCUGCAUCUAGUCGGAAUCAGCUAUUAGGAACACCAAGUCAGCCUAGUAAUUCUCCUUUUUCUAGCAGUGUCUCUGGCAACCGUGGAAGAUUGUUGCAGAUAAAUGAGACUAUUAAUCGCACUACAGAAUCUGUGAAUAGAACUCAGCAAAUUGCUGCUGAAACUGAUCAGGUUGGCAUUGCAGUAGUUGAUGAAUUGGGAACACAGAGGGAAGCUUUAAUUAGGACUAAAGAAAGACUUGUUGAUACGGAUUCUAAUCUAACAAAGAGCAGAAAAAUAUUACGUUCCAUGUAUAGAAGAGUAAUGACAAAUAAGUUGAUUUUAAUCGUUAUUAUUCUUUUAGAAAUUGCCAUAUUGAUUGGUGUUGUGUGGUAUAGAUUUAUUAGAAAAUAAUUCAGCUUGUUACACAAUAUAUAUAUAAUGUAUAUACACACAUAAGGGUAAUAUAUAUCAAUGCUUACAAUACUGAAUAUUAUUGAGGAUUUACUGUUUUAGAAGCUGCUCUAUUUUGUAAAGACUUUAUAACUUUCCUCUAAAUGGACCUUUAUUUUUAUAGCUGAAUUCCUCUGUUUUAACUUAAAAUGAUUUCUUUUAAUUUUCUGAACUUAUGAAAGAUCAAAGCUGAUUAUAUAAAAGUAAAGAUUUAUCUUAAAAUGUUAGUAGCUUUUCAUUACAGUCAUCAUUCUACUGGAAAUUAUUGUAUUAUUUCCAUUGUUUGUCAAAUGCUUAUACUUCUAUGUUAAUCUAAUAUAUAUUGUAAUAUAUAUAUAUCUUUUCUUUAAAAUUGUCUAGCUUUUAUUCAAAUAAAAGAAAACCAAAAACUAUUUUAAUAAAAUAUAUGCUUUAUUUUAUAAUGUGUGAAAUGACUAGUACACAUAUAAAUUAUAUUUGCAAUAACCUUAACUAUUCUUAAGGAAUAAGGCAGCUCCUGUCUGCACCCAGUGUUCAUGAUUUUCACCACAAGGUAAUUGGAUACAGGUCACAAUCUGCUCUCUGUCUGAAGUGAAAUAAACUGGAAGAAAUAUUACUUCAUCUUCUCUGUAAGGUGAUGGGGAAUCCUAGGAAAAUAUUAAAAACAAAAUAAUAAUAAAAAUAGUAGAAAAUUUUCAAAUAUAUAACUACAAAAGUUAGUGAUAUGGAAAUAUAUGAAUAAUUUGUACAUCAAGUUAAUAUUUUCUGCUUACCAGUAAAUAAUUGAUAAAAAUGGUUUCCUUUUAAAUGAAUUUACAGGUAAAUGUGCCAUUAGGAUUAAGCUAAAAGGUAUUUAAAAAAAUGACUUGUGUAUCUUAAGAAUCAAAUAGAAAGACAUUCCAGACAUGCCACAUUUAUGUGGAAUUGGAAAUUUCAAUUGCAUUUUAUCAUUCAUGAGGUCAAUUAAUUUUUUAUGUAAUAAUCCUGUAAUAUUUUAUUAUUUUUAACACAUUUUGUAUAAAUUUAUUCCUUUUAUUAUUCA